GCGGGAUCUGCAGGGAAGUGCGUCAGAGAAGGCGCGGGGAGAGUAGGGUGCUGUGGUCUGAGCUUCAGGGUGAAGCUGGCGGAGCAGGAGGAUGGGCGAGCAGUCUGAAUGCCAGAAUGGAUAACCGUUUUGCUACAGCAUUUGUAAUUGCUUGUGUGCUUAGCCUCAUUUCCACCAUCUACAUGGCAGCCUCAAUUGGCACAGACUUCUGGUAUGAAUAUCGAAGUCCAGUUCAAGAAAAUUCCAGUGAUUUGAACAAAAGCAUCUGGGCCGACUUCGCUAGUGAUGAGGCAGAUGAAAAGACUUAUAAUGAUGCACUUUUCCGAUUUAAUGGCACAAUGGGAUUGUGGAGACGGUGUAUCACUAUACCUCAAAACACAUACUGGUAUAGCCCACCAGAAAGGACAGAGUCAUUUGAUGUGGUCACAAAAUGCAUGAGUUUCACGCUAAAUGAGCAGUUCAUGGAGAAAUAUGUUGAUCCUGGAAACCACAAUAGUGGGAUUGAUCUACUUCGGACCUAUCUUUGGCGUUGCCAGUUCCUUUUACCUUUUGUUAGUCUAGGUUUGAUGUGCUUUGGGGCUGUGAUUGGACUUUGUGCUUGCAUUUGCCGGAGUUUAUAUCCCACCAUUGCCACAGGCAUUCUCCAUCUCCUUGCAGGUCUCUGUACGCUGGGCUCAGUGAGUUGUUAUGUUGCUGGAAUUAAGCUACUCCACCAGAAGCUAGGGCUACCUGAGAACGUGUCUGGUGAAUUUGGAUGGUCCUUCUGCCUGGCUUGCGUCUCAGCUCCCUUACAGUUCAUGGCUUCUGCUCUCUUCAUCUGGGCUGCUCAUACCAACCGGAAAGAGUACACCUUAAUGAAGGCAUAUCGUGUGGCAUGAGUGGGAAGCUGCCUGCUUUGCAAUUGCCAUUUUAUUUUUCAAUAUUAAUAUUCUCCUUGUCCCCCCCCCCAUUGUUUUUAAUUUAUUUUUUUUCUUUGUGGAUAUACCAUUUUAUCCUGAAAAUCCAUUCUAUUUAUUCACACAGACAGUUGUUUCUUAAUACCACUAAAAUUUAUAUGGAUUAUUCUGAAUGAGUCCAUCUUUUAAACAAACUAAUCUAGGUUCAGAGUCCAGACAGCAAGAAAUGGGUAGACACUUGCCACACAUUUGUGAAAGAAAACUGAUAGUGGGAAAUUGACCCAAACACAUCUACUGAAGUCUGUUAGACUUCUCAGUAAAUAUCUGUUGAACUGAAAACUUGUCAGUGUCAUCGUUGUCAGAACUUAGGGUCACUUUGCCAUUGUAGAUAGCCUGUCCGCCAGAGCAUUAAUGCUAUUUUCAAAGAUUUUAAGCUAUAUAAAAUAAGAUUAUCUAAGAUCCUUAUCCCCAAAUACAGGCAUACAGCUUUAUUCAAGGUGAAGUACGGCAGCUGUUUAACUAAACUGUGUCUGUCUGCAAGAAAGGAAGUGAAAAAUACAGUGUUUACUGGAAAUUUUAACUUCGUAACUGCAAGAAUUCCAAUUCAGCCAGACAAGAGGAUUAACCUUAUUUUACUUUACCUUUUUUUGUAUUUUUUUUUUUUUUUAAGCUUCCUUAAUGUCAGGAUUUUCAGUACAACCAAACCAUUUUGGAUUUUUGCUCCUUGCCUCCUCACACAUCAGGCUUAUUAAGAGUGCUUUCUUUCUAACAUGACUUUGGGGUCACGGAGUAAUAUUUUCCAACUCCUUUCUAUUUAUUCCAGCUCAGUACCAUGAAGAAGGUUCCACCAUAAUGACCCUCCAGAGCUAGGAAAACUACCACAAGACCUAAAGCUUUGGCUGGUCAUUAACUUCCAACUAUGGUCUUUAUUUCUUGUGGUGAAAUGAUGUGCCUUUCCUUGCCUAAAUCCCUUCCUGGUGUGUAUCAACAUUAUUUAACAUCUUCUAAUUCAGUCAUUUUUUUAUAAAUAUGUCUAUAAACAUUGAACUUUAAAAAAAUCUUAUUUACUUAUUCCAUUACUGUAGCACUUGACAGAUUUUAAAAAAUGUAACUUAGUAAUUUCUUACAGUAUCCUAAAUCUGUCUUUUUUAAAAAAUAAAAAAAUGAGAAGAAACUCAA